CACCAGGACAUAAGAAGCGUGUGCCUGUCACAGAAAUAGAGUUUACUUUUUCCAACUUGUUGUUGCGAGGCAGGGUAUAAAUACAACCAACUCUGACUUGGACGAAGAGCCUUUCGCUUAAAAUAAGGGGGAUAUUUCCCAAGACUUUUAAUCCAACAAGGUCCAGAACAGACUGCACCACGACGCCAAGAAGUGAAAAAGAAGUCCGGGAGAGCUUAGAGAAAGCAGGUGUGGACGGCACCUUUAUUUUAGCUUCUUCUUUUUUUAAAAAAAAUCAGGCAUACAGUAACAUCCAGACUCACACACACCAGGAUCCAAUUGUUGAUUUUAAUUUUUUUUUAACAUUGGGAGAUGUCCUUUUUCAAACUUUUGACACAAUGGAUAUGGAUAUGGAUACUGUCCGGGGAAAUCCUAUUGCUGCUCGAGUUCCCUCUAAAAGGUUCUGCCUUGCCUCCAAUACGGUAUUCUCAUGCGGGGAUAUGUCCAAACGAUAUGAAUCCCAACCUCUGGGUGGAUGCCCAGAGCACCUGCAGGAGAGAGUGCGACACUGACCUGGAAUGUGAGACUUCUGAGAAGUGCUGCCCUAAUGUCUGUGGAACACGGAGUUGUGUGGCAGCCCGAUACAUGGAUGUUAGGGGGAAAAAGGGACCUGUUGGGAUGCCCAAAGAGGCUACAUGUGAUCGCUUUAUGUGCAUCCAGCAAGGUUCCGAGUGUGAUAUCUGGGAUGGGCAGCCUGUUUGCAAAUGCAAAGACAGAUGUGAAAAAGAGCCAAGUUUUACAUGUGCAUCAGAUGGGCUCACUUAUUACAAUAAGUGUUACAUGGAUGCAGAAGCAUGCACCAAAGGCAUUACUCUCAAUGUCGUGACUUGUCGCUAUCAUCUUACCUGGCCAAACACCAGCCCCAUCUCACCAGAGACAACCACUCGCCCCACUACUGCCUAUAUAGAGACAACCAUCACUGACAUCCUUCCACCUGUACUUGUCAAUAACCCAGCCCACCAAUCUGUCUACAUAGGAGAUACUGUUAGUUUUCUCUGUGAUGUUACCGGACGACCUAAACCAGAAAUCACCUGGGAGAAGGAGACUGAAAGAAAUGAGAAAAUUGUUAUGAGGCCCAAUCAUGUCCGUGGGAACAUUGUCGUCACCAACAUUGCCCAACUAGUGAUCUAUAACACACAACUGCAAGAUGCAGGCAUUUACACCUGCACUGCCAAAAACCUGGGUGGCAUCCUGAGAGCAGAUUUCCCACUCUCAGUCCUCAAAGGGGAGGCUACCUCUAUGGAAACCACUCUUAAUAAAACCCAUUUUCCAACUGAUGAGUGCCUCAAGCAGCCCGACAGCGAAGACUGUGGGGAGGAGCAGACCCGGUGGUAUUAUGAUGCAAAGAAAAACAACUGCUUCACUUUCAUCUAUGGAAACUGUAACAGCAAUUUGAAUCACUUUGAGACCUAUGAAAAUUGCAUGUUAACUUGCAUGAAUGGCCCUGUCAAUGUCUGCAAUCUGCCAGCCCUCCAAGGUCACUGCAAAGCCUAUGAGCCCCGGUGGGCGUACAACAGUUUGAUGAAACAAUGCCAGUCUUUCAUUUACGGAGGCUGUGGAGGCAAUGAAAAUAACUUUGAGAGCAGAGAGGCCUGUGAAGAGAUGUGCCCUUUCCCUAGGAACAUGCACUGCAAAGCUUGCAAGGCUUGCAGACCACGUCAAAAACUGGUGACCAGCUUCUGCAAAAGUGAUUUUGUUAUCCUUGGUCGUGUGACUGAAUUGACGGAGGACCAAGACUCAGGGCAUGCACUGGUGACUGUGGAGGAGAUUCUAAAGGAUGAGAAAAUGGGACUCAAAUUUUUGGGCAAGGAACCCCUAGAAAUUACUCUUUUGAACAUGAACUGGAGCUGCCCGUGCCCCAACAUAACUGCAGCUGACGGUCAGCUCAUAAUAAUGGGCGAUGUCCACAAUGGGAUGGCUGUUCUGCAGCCAGACAGCUUUGUGGGGGCCUCUAGCAUCCGGCGUGUUCGGAAGCUUCGCGAGGUCAUCCACAAGAAAACCUGUGAGCUACUAAAAGAGUUCUUAGGACUGCACUAAUAUCCUGCUUGUAUCUUUUCAGCUUUCCAGAUCUGUGUAUUAUAUAGUGCUAACAAAAGGUAGGCUAGCCUAGAGAAAUUGAAAAGCAAAUUUGUUUGCUGAUAGAUGCUGUGCGUUAUUACACAGAAGCCAUAUAUUAACUCAUUAAUGGUGUGUAGUAAUGAGGCAGAAGCCUUUUUUGGCAAGCACUUAAAAUAGCAGCAAACAGCUAUUAGUCUUUAGAUAUCAAUCCUUCUAUUUGCUUAGAAAUGCCAUCUGGUGAUCAUCACAUAAUACCAAUGCAGCUUUCUUCAUAAAAGACCAAAUUCAUAGCAUUCUGUUUGGUUUAGAGCUAAAUCAUAUACACUGUUGUUCUAAUGGUAAUUGCUCUCAUUUGGAGUAUAGAGAUAUUUGUGAAAAACAGCUGAAAUGUCUAAUAUUCGUAAGUAGGUUGUAAGAGAAGAAUAUGUAAAUUAUUACCUAUGUUCACGAUAAUUAUGCCAGUUAAACCACUCCAUCACAGAAUCUGUUGUUAUCAGAAAUAGAGGCUUUCCCCUGAAAGUAUCUCUUUUAACAGAUGUGUGCCUAGCAGAUUUUUGUGGAUUUUACAAGUCAAAACAAAUUCACAUUGAAGUCAAAUUACAGCAUGUCCCUAAUGCAUUCUGUCAGACAAUAAGCACAGGAGCAAAACCAAACACUACCUGUCACAUUGCACAUCCUGAUUCACAAAAAAUAAAGGCAUCAAGUCUAA